UAUCAGUUCAAUACGAGUCUGAUGCGUGACGCGUGUAGGUAAAUGCUCCUAGAGAGCUUGUAGCUCUUUCAGUCUGGUUGUAGGUACGAUUUAGUGGAUUAGAUACUUUACUCGGUUAAACCUAGUUGAACGGUCUCUGACAGCAGUGUUGCCAGAUAGGGAGGUUUCUUAAACAGUUGUGCUAUUUUUAAUGAUAGAGCGGGCCAAAAAAAAUUGCUUCGGCGGGUAGACUUAUUGAUUAGGUUGUAUAGUAAAAAUAGCGCUUGUGCAGAUUUUUGUAAAAUCCGCGGGUGAUUGGUCCGUAUACAGUCAAUAGAAUCUGGCAACUCUGGCGGUGCACAAUUGGUUGCAAACACGGAAAUCGCGGACAUAAGGCCUACGUGGUUCUUUGUUUACUUUUUUGACGUUGUACCAGAAACUGUUUACAGUUUUAAGAUCUAGCGCGGUGUUUGUUUACAUUUGUAAAUGGUUCACGAAGAGUUGAGCGCUCGUCUGAACAAUGAUGGGUAUAAGAACUGGCUCAAAGCGGGGUACUGCCUCCUGAGACUGCGGGACGGGUUGCAUUCUUUCACCAACACUGAGAUGAGAUCAUUCCACAGCAAUCUAGUUACUAGGAACCCAGGUCUACUGAGGCCCUGCAAAAGCGGGUGCCGACCCAAAGGAAAUCAGCUGUACUCUGUGUGUGUGGUGUGUGCAGAGUGGAGGGCCGAGAUCCUGAGGCAUCACACGCACCCCAGCGGAACGGUGAACUGGGGGAACUGCAGACCACCACUCUGGAAGCAAGACCACUGGGAACUGGCCAAGGCUUACAUGCCGAGGGGUCAAGCUGGUGUUAAGGGGGCGGAGCUAUGUGAUGCAUCUGCAUUGCUUAACCUCAUUAACUACUGCUCACACUUCAGCUACAUAGACCAGUGCUGUGUAAGAGAGGUUAUUAGGUAUCGGAAUGAGUUGAUGCACUCGUGUGAGAUGCGAGUGUGUGAUCAAUGGAUGAUGCGCUACCAGACAAGCAUAAAGCAGCUCCUUCGGCAGUUCACACACCUACCAGAGGUUGUAGCAGCCGGACAGCAAAUACUAGAGAUGCUGGCUGUCGAUUUGUCUGUGUUAGUCCCUGGGGUGGACAGAGUGGACGGGUCCUGGUGGGAGGGGGUGGCACCGGAGUCUAUCAGCCAAUGGGAAACUGAAUUGCUGAAAGAGAGGCUGCACGAGCUGUGUAGUGACCCAGCCAGACAGGACACUAAGGAGUUGCUGAGGCUGAGGGAUUUCCUCCUGGCCAACAGAGACUUGAGUGAGCAGUUCUCCUCUGAACUCCAGACCAUUGAAAUACUGGAGACACAGAGGAAGAAUAGAAGAGACCCUGAGGGGAGAGAGAAGGAAGGUGUAGUAGGAGUGAAAGGAGGAAAUGAAGAGGAGAGACCGGAUUAACCAAUCACAGUGUUAAAGACAUUUUCAAAAUGUUGCUUUGUCCAUGUUUUGGCUCUUUCCUUACCGCAGAUAAAACAAGAUGUGAGACCAAGUACUAAAAAACACCCCAUUCAUUUUUGGUCCAGGUCUGGGCAACUCUGGUUUUAUUAUUUCCCCUGCCUCAGGGAUGUUCCUCAGAUGUCCCUCAGACAUUCCACAGAGCAAAAUAUCACACCAGCAAAAAUAAGUCUGGUCAGGUGGGGCAUUAAGCAGACCGGAUCUGCGUUUUGAAUGUCUUCAAGUUUCUACAACAUUCAGAUAUAAAUAUGUCAUCAAGGAGGAACAUGCCUGUGAUAUGUAGAAUUAGGAAUCGCAUCUGUAUUUGUGCAAUGUUUUUGCUACUGAAAAUGGCCUUUUCCGCUCACCGUGCCGGUAUAAUUGGCUGACCAGAGUGGUUCAGUCUGAAUAAAAAUCAUGGAUGAAGAGUA